GUCUCUUUCAUUUACCGUGACGUUUCCUGCUUUCCUCCCUUCGCUGCACACCUGGCUAGCCAAGACGCGCCACACCGACUAGCUAACCGAAUAAACCUUUCCUGGUUCCGAAUUGUUUUGAGUUCCACACGCCUAGACUGGCUCGGUUCACGUGGCGAAGUUCCAACCAACAAACAGCCCAACUUUGUUUUGUUUUUUAACUUCAACACCUCCCCUAAAAAAUGUCCCCCGGCAGAGGCUCCGGGAGCAGCUCGCGGGGCGCGGGCUCCUUUGUACUGGUGCUUCUGGUCCUCCUGGAGUUCUCCGUGCUGCCCCUCGGAGCCGCAGCUCCCACCGAGACGAACUGUGUGUUCAGGCAGUGGCGGAGGGAAGCACAAUUUCACCAAAAAAGGCUUUUCCCGGUGCUCAGCUUUGAGUACAAGCAUAUCCAGAUCCCCUUCGAGAUCUCAAUUAUGGGUCCCUGCUGGCUUCACUGAUGAAUUAGGUUUCCACCUCGUCCCUCGUCUGCCCGGGAUUGUCCCCGAAAGCUGCCUCCUGAUCCUGGUGGGCCUUUUGGUGGGUGGGCUCAUCAAACUGGCGGGGCAGAAGGUGCCGCCAGUGCUGGACACCAACUUGUUCUUCUUCUGCCUGCUGCCGCCCAUCAUCCUGGACGCCGGCUACUUUUUGCCCAUCCGCCCCUUCAUGGAGAACCUGGGCACCAUCCUGAUGUUCGCCGUGGUGGGCACGCUGUGGAACGCUUUCUUCAUCGGCGGGCUGCUGUACGCCGUGUGCCAGAUCCAGCCCAACAACCCGUCUGACCUGCACUCGCUGGAGCUGCUGCCCUGCCUGCUCUUCGGGUCCAUCAUUUCCGCCGUGGACCCGGUGGCCGUGCUAGCCGUCUUUGAGGAGAUUCACAUCAACGAGCUGUUGCACAUCCUGGUCUUUGGCGAGUCGCUGCUCAACGACGCCGUCACUGUAGUGCUGUACCAUCUUUUCGAGGAGUACUCUGACGCGGGCACGGUGACGGUGCUGGACGGCGUGCUGGGCGUUAUCUCCUUCUUCGUGGUUGCGCUGGGUGGCAUCCUGGUGGGAGCCAUUUACGGCAUCCUGGCGGCGUUCACCUCGCGCUUCACCUCGCACACGCGCGUCAUCGAGCCACUCUUUGUCUUCGUCUACAGCUACAUGGCCUACCUGUCGGCAGAGAUGUUCCACCUGUCCGGGAUCAUGGCGUUGAUAGCAUGCGGGGCAGUGAUGCGGCCGUACGUGGAGGCUAACAUCUCCCACAAGUCGCACACCACCAUCAAGUACUUCCUGAAGAUGUGGAGCAGCGUGAGCGAGACGCUGAUAUUUAUCUUCCUCGGCGUGGCCACUGUGGACGGCCAGCACAACUGGAACUGGACCUUUGUCACUGUCACCGUCGUCCUGUGCCUGGUGGCGCGGGUCAUAGGUGUGGUAGGACUGACGUACAUCAUCAACAAGUUCCGCAUUGUCAAACUGACCACCAAGGACCAGUUCAUCGUGGCCUACGGCGGCUUGCGCGGUGCCAUCGCCUUCUCCCUGGGUUUCCUGCUGAAGGAGGAAAAGUUCCCUCUGAGGAACAUGUUCCUCACCGCCAUCAUCAUCGUCAUCUUCUUCACCGUCUUUGUGCAGGGCAUGACGAUCAAGCCUCUGGUGGACCUGCUGGCGGUGAAGAAGAAACAAGAGGCUAAGCGUUCCAUCAAUGAGGAGAUCCACACUCAGUUCCUUGACCACCUCCUGACUGGCAUUGAAGAUAUCUGUGGACAUUAUGGACAUCAUCACUGGAAGGACAAAUUGAACCGCUUUAACAAAAAGUACGUGAAGAAGUGCCUCAUUGCCGGCGAGCGCUCCAAAGAGCCACAGCUCAUCGCCUUCUACCACAAAUUGGAGAUGAAGCACGCCAUCCAGCUAGUGGAGAGCGGCGUCGCCGUCAAUCUGCCCUCUGCCAUGCCCUCCAGUGUCUCCAUGCAAAACAUCCAGCCCAAGAAGCCGCCGCCGCCUGCCAAGCUCGAGGAGCGAGCUCUGCCUCAGCUAUCUAAAAGCCGGGAGGAGGAGAUCCGCAAGAUCCUCCGCAGUAACCUUCAGAAAACGCGGCAGAGGCUGCGCUCCUACAACCGCCACACCCUGUUGGUUGACCCCGAUGACGACCACAUAGGUGAAUUCCUCCUCAAGAAGCAGAAGAUGAUGGUCCUGGAUAAGAAGAUCCAAAACAUAAAUAACUACCUGACGGUGCCCGCCGCUCCCCCCGACUCGCCGACCAUGUGCAGAGCCAGACUGGGGUCAGGCAGAGAAAAUGAUUUCAAACCCACUCAGCAGCCCAAAGGGGACACUGUCGGUCCAGACCCUCAAGCCUACAGCACAAAGGCAGCGGGCGACAGUGUUCCCACCAUCCAUGUGGACCUGGCCUCCCCUCAGUCGCCCGACUCGAUCAACCUCUUGGAUGAGUUUCAGCGGUCUGGCCAGGCGGCGGAGGAGGACGACGACGACGGCGGCCUGAUGAUGAAAGCGCCCGCCAAGCCCUACGACCAGCACAGCGAGGGCGAAAUGGACACCACCACCAGAGAGAAGCUGUUGAGGUGUCUGAGUGACCCGGGGCCCCACGCCGAGGACGAAGACGAGGACGAAUCCUUCCUGCCUUAAAAAGUUGGAGGAAGGUGCGUGCUUCAGUGCUCAAGACGAUUAGCCAAAAACUGCGAGCAGGGAGGAAAAAAAAAGAGCCAUUAGUCGUUUUGUCGUCAUCGCUCUUUACUUUUAAAAGACGCAGUCACGGUUACGCGACCUUCAGGAAUGAACUAUGCAUUACCAAAGGGACUGUUUGUAGUUCUUUGAGGUUCUAUUUCCAUUUUUUGUGUAAUAUAUCGGAGAUGGGCGGGGUUCUCCGGCACGACAACGAAUCAGCUUCUCCCAAAACGAAGCCAAUCGCAUUCAUUCUGUCACUUGAAAUCACACCGCGUGGAUGAGGUCUCACCGCAUAUUUUUGCCUUAUUUGAUGUCACUCGGUGCAAUUAUUAUUUUUUUUUCAUCAGCAUUGCCUUUUAUUUUCAGGGAUUGCCAACAUUGGUAUAAAGGAGUAUUACGGGCGCACUCAAAACAAAAACAAACAUAUGUACAAUGACAAUAGGAAAAAGUAACUAAGAAAAAAAUCCUUCCUAAGUUUUACCAGUCUUGGUGGCUUAUACGCUUUUGGUUUCCCCUCCCGACCACCAUUUUUAGUGCGUUGAUAAACUCGUUUUCUUAAUUAAGGGAGGGGCAAGACAGCGAAUGUUCUGAUGUCAUGCACAGUGUUUAUUUUUGCUGAUGUUAAAUGUCUGUCAUGUUAAAAGUAGCUCCCUUUAACAAUCACUCCAGCAAACAAACAAUCAACGCUCGCUGUCUUCAAGAUGUACACGCACAUUUCUUUUGCUUGUCCUUUAUCACUGUGCGACAGUAGUCUGUGCUUCCGAGACUGGUCUUUGCAUGACAUGGCUAAAUAAGUAAUUAAUACAGUUCUAUGCAGCAUAAAGGGGUAGACAAAUGAUGUAAAACAAAAAAAAAGUAAAUUAAUUCUAUUUAGUUAUGUUGAGGUGGAUUAAUAUCGGACUGCGGCUUUAAUGAUUGCACGUUUCCUCAAUGUAAAAAGAUGCACUGCUGCACGAGGUCGUUACGCAAAUGAAAAGUAUGAAAAUUUAGAGCUACACUGCUAUGACAAAAUAUUGGCAAAAGAUUAUAAAAGCAGUGAUAUUUGUAUCAGUAAAUGUUAUUUUCUAAGAAUGCUUAUAACAUUACAAGAGCGGUUUUUAUUUUCACCAUUAGGAACUUGUAAGAUUUUUCUUGUAACAUUGGGAAUUUUUGGGGCAUUAUAAGAACUCUAAACAUGACUAUUAUGAAUGUGUCUUUAUAUUAAGGUUUUGUUAACAAAAAAGGCUUAAUUUCAAGUAAUGGUGCAAUUGAUCAAAGUAAUACAUUUGAAUAAUUUCAUAAUCUGGUAAAAAAAAAAUUCCUUCUGUCUUGAAAUCUUCAGACUAUUCUUGCAUUGUUCCAACUUUUGUCUUGUGCUUUCAGUAUAAUUUCAGUGUGGCCCUAAAUUUUCAUUUACAUUGUGAAAAAACAUUUUCACAUCGCAUCGGCGAUCGCUUAACGGAAUUUCGCCGUAAAUAUGUGUAAGCGCAGUCCUUGUAUGUUAUAUUCACUUGAUAUUUUUCCAAAGAUUCUUUAUUUUAUGAUGACAAAAUGGAUGUUUCCAGGCCAACAUUGCUGGUUUCGAAAGCCGUAGAGAGCAGAAAGAUAAUUGUUCAUCCUUUCUUUAUGGCUUUCUCAUGGCCUUUUUUUAUGGAAUGUGUACUUCAUUCAGGACCUCACCAGCAUUUCACCACAGCUUUCGCUCCGUGUCUUUGAGAACACUGUGCUUUUCUAUUAUUUGCCUUUUAAAUCAUUGAGUGGCUUUCAUGGCUUUACAUGGACGUAUCAGUCGCUAAAGUACCGUUCACUUUAAAUAUGUACACGUGUGCCGUAAUAAUGCAUAAAAUGUGCUUUGCGUCUCAUGUUUACAUUGCUGCAGAGGCUUCAUUUCUUUUGAAGAAAUGCUCUCGGAUCUUUUCAGAAUACAAUACUUCGCUAGUUUGUGCUGAGAAUUUCCUUGAAGAUCUUAAAAGAGUCUUUAGUGGACGGUGGAGUUCCAACUGGAUCGUGUAGUUUCAAUCAUGAGGUUAUGUAAUCAAAUUGCUUUGACGCUAACUUAAAAUGCGUUUUAAUGCAAAUCUAGUUUGAUUAGCCCCUCGGUUUGGUUUCUUAUGUUGAGUGUGAAAACAAAAACCAAAGCUCCUCCCCAAAAAUAUCUGACCUAAUUUCUUAUAUUACAACAUCAAUGUACAUGUAUAGUUCACCGAAUUCAAAGAAACCAAAGCCGAGGGGACGCAUGCUAAUUUUACAAGACCAUUUGGACCAGACAAUGUCAAAUAAUAUUUGAGUAGAUGACAAUUAUACAAAUAUAUUUAUAUAAUCCUAUACAUGCAGUAUGACUUCAUCCAGCUAAAGACUUUUAAAAUCGUUAUUUUACUCACCCUCACGUUACCUCUCAGCGCUCGCGUCCUUUCUCUCUCUCUCUCUCGUACCAUUUAAAUGCCGCCACCACGAGCACUUUAACGGCGCAGAAAGAACCUUCAUCUCCAAACGACGUCAGUCGGAGCAAUAAGUAGCUUUCAUAUCGUCACGUAUGACACAGGUCUUAAAAACCGAUGCUUUUACCUGGGAACCUUUCCUCCCUCCGCUAGGACAGCGACUCUCGAGUCUCUUAUGAUAUUCUCUUCUUCAUCACUAAUCCUGGUCUGUAAAUGUUGCUUUGUCAGCAUUUCCUGUUUGAAAGUUAUUAUUUUUGAUAUACGUAAAUGGGAAAAUGUACAUAGACAAAGAUAUUGUAUGUAUUAGAAAUGUAUGAUUCUAAUGUGCAAAAAACAAAAAACUGAGAAUCAAGCGUGGACUUGCCUAAUGAAUCAUCACAAAGCUUUCAGCAUUCCAUUCCCGUUCUAACAAUCCGCAUCAAUCAAAAACUAACGACCUAACAAACUAUCUACCGAAAUAAAGGUUUACUUUCUAA